UGUCUACGGUGUCAUGACGCGCCUCGGAUGCGCGCUGGUUUUACGCGCUGAAUCACUGUGAAUUAUUGAUAAAUGGGGUCUGUGAAAUGGAAAACACAUCAGCAUUUGCUGAUUUUAUUUUGGAUUAUAUCGUUUUCAGCUGUUUCUUGUUUUAGUGAUUUGUCUUUCGUCGUGGAGCCCAGUGAUGUUCAAACAUCUCAAGGUGAGCAGGUUUCUCUUGACUGUCGGGCUGAAGGUGAGCCGCCCGUCUCCGUGCAGUGGAUGAAGGAUGGAGUCCGACUACAGGAGAAUCAUCGUCUGCAGCUUCUGUCCAACGGGACCCUGUACAUCUCCAACGUGUGGAGCUCACCAGAACAAUCAGAUGAAGGUUUCUACCAGUGCCUUGCCCAAAACAAACACGGAGCCAUCUUGAGCCAAAGAUCGCAUCUUACAAUCUCAGGUAUGUUGUCGAUUAUAAGUCACCCGGUCUCUGUUGAGAUCACAGCGGGGUCUGUUGCCAGAUUCUCAUGUAGUGUUAAUGGACGACCCGCAGCCGUUAUCACCUGGGACUUUAACCAAAGAUCUCUACCUCUGGAUUCAGACAGAAUCACAGCUUUGCCAAAUGGAGUUCUGCAGAUUCGUGACGUCACUGUGAAGGAUGCUGGGAAAUAUCGCUGUUCAGCAACAAACACAGCCAGUCGAGUCAAGAGCAAAGAAGCCGAGCUUAUCGUCAGGCCGUUGUUGGUGCCGAGGACUCUCGGGAUAAAACCACAGAUCGUAUCAGGACCUCAAAACAUCACGGUCAGUCUCAAUCAACCUGCGGUUCUGGAGUGCAUGGCGGAGGGCAAACCUCGUCCUCUUGUGUCGUGGAGCAGGGCCGACUCCAAACCCAUAGAUGUGUUUGGCACCAGGGUGAUGGGUAACGGUAACCUGAUCGUCUCUGCCGUAAAGGUGCAGCACGGUGGCACGUACGUGUGUAGAGCAACGACACCGGGUACACGUAACUACACCACGGCAUCUGGAACCAUCGCCGUCCUCGUUCCUCCAUCUUUCGUGGAGAGACCAGAGAGCCAGACCCGUCCGAGAGCCGGUACGGCCCGUUUCACCUGUCAGGCCAAAGGGACGCCUGCACCUCGUAUCUCAUGGUUUAGAAACGGUCAGGUGAUUCACUCCCACGGCCGCACCAAGAUGUAUAACAGUAAACUGGUGAUAACCCAGAUCAUCCCAGAAGAUGAAGCUUUCUAUCAGUGCCAAGCAGAAAACUCUCAGGGCUCGAUUCUGUCCACGGCCCGUCUCGUUGUGAUUCAAUCAGACGAUCGUCCCGGUGCGCCGCAGAACGUCCGUGCAGAAACCAUCUCCAGUUCUGCCAUCUUACUAGCGUGGGAGAGACCGCAGUACAACGCUAAUAAAGUUAUCGCCUAUUCCAUACACUACACCAAAUCUGAGGGUCUUAAUAAUGAAGAGUAUCAGGCUGUCAUUGGAAACGAUACCACCAGUCAUAUUCUUGAUGAUCUGGAACCAGCACGCAACUACACGUUUUACAUCGUCGCUUACAUGCCGAUGGGUGCCAGUCGCAUGUCAGAGCAAGUUACUCAACAAACACUGGAGAACGUGCCUCUCCGUACCCCCGAGUUCAGUUUGAUGAGCCGCAGCCCGACCGAUAUUCUCGUGUCCUGGCAGCCGCUUCCUCCCAAACUGAGCCGCGGUCGCGUGUCUGCGUAUCGUCUGUCGUACCGGACUGCAGCGGAUGAUCAGGUGACCUCUGUUGAGCUGCCGGUCCAGGGUGAGAACUGUACUCAACAUCUUCUUCAGGGUCUUCAGGUGGACACCAUCUAUCUGAUUCGUAUGUCAGCAUCUACUCGUGUGGGCUGGAGUCAACCGUCCGCCUGGAGCUCUCAUCGCACGCCAAAAACAUCCAGCGCCGCAGUGCCUCCUGCACCAAACCUUGAGCUUGAACCUGUAAACUGUACAUCUGUGACGGUCCGCUGGCAUCCUGCCCACAGUGAUGCUGUCGUCCAGGGAUACAAACUCGCCUUUCAUACUGACAGCCAAUCAGAGGACUCCGUUAUUCAACUUCCCCCACAGGACCACCAGUACAUCAUCACCGGUCUCAGUCCCAGAGUAAAGUAUCAUGUGAAGAUUUUGGCAUUCGGUGCUGACGGUGACGGAUAUCAAGCACAUCAGACGGUCAACACUCCAGCAUGUCCCUCUGCACCCAAUCGCAGGUUAGCAUCGCUGCCUCCUCCAGAAAACCUUCACGCUAAAUCCAACAGUUCAUCCUCCGUGAUCCUCAGCUGGAAUCGUCCUGCGUUCACUUCCGGAAAACCCGUCAGUUAUUCUGUCCGCUGUGGACCCGUGAGUCCGUCUGACACGGCGUCUGUACGCUACAUCCAGACAAAUGAGCAGACGGUGACGCUCACAGGACUUCAGCCUAACACUCGCUAUGACUUUGCUGUUCGUCUGCACAUGGAUCAGAUGUCAAGUCCCUGGAGUGUGACGGUCUAUCAGAGAACUUUAUUAGAAGCUCCGUCCUCUCCUCCUCUUGGUGUUAAAGUAUCUCUGAUCGAUGAUGAUACAGCGUUGGUUUCAUGGAGAGCACCGGAGCAGCCCAAUCUCUCUGUAGCUCAUUACACCAUACUGUACGCCUCACAGAGCUCCUGGAUCGCUGGUGAAUGGCAGGUCCUACAGAAAGAAGGUACAAACACUAUGGCUCUACUGGAGAAGCUGGAGUCGGGUCAUAUUUAUCUGGUUAAGAUCUCUGCUUCUAACCAGGCGGGUGAUGGUCCGUUCUCUAGUACUGUAGAGCUUCAGGUGCUCAGGACCAAACAUCACCAGAACAAAAAUCCACGUCACACAGACAGUCACGCUGAAGAAACCGCGUUUAUAGACGGACUUUACCACAUUGAUGAGAAAUCCAUGACCGGUAUCAUCGUUGGUGUGUUUAUCGCUCUGAUCUGCAUCGUCCUUUGCGUCUUUAUCCUCUUUACUCAGAAUAAAACGCGGAAAUCAUCACCAUCAAAAAUGAUGGAACAGGUGAGGAACGAGGUCAUGCACGGCAGUGUUUCAUCAGCCAAUCAGCAUCGAGCAGAGACAACAGAAGUUCAGGUUCCAAUGAUGAGAACGCAUUUCAUAGAUGCCAAAGGAGGAACAAAUCUGAAGAUAAACUGUGCAGGACCCAUAAUGAGUGACGCUCAGAGCAAACAGAAGAGAUGGAAGAUUUUUAACAACAGAAAGAAAUCAAAUACAAAGAAAAACACUAUGGAGGAUCACGGUCAUGUUUAUGAAGUGGGUAAGACAGUGUUGUGUUAUGAGGAUGAAGAGCGCGUCGUCUCUCCUCAGAGCUCUUCUCUACACAUCCUUUAUCAUCCACUGGGAGAAUCUGAGAGCUCACAAACCAGCGAGACCAGCGGCCGAGAGACGAGUGAUUCUGGAAACUGUACUCAUGAUGAGACCCAAACCAGCAGUCCUAACAGAUCCUCUAUUACACCUGAUGAUACUGUCCACAAUGAAUUACAAGAAACAUCCAUCUGUGCUGUGAGCUUGUGCGGUCCAAUUCAAGACAACCAACAGAAAUCUUCCUCUGAUGUGCGGUUUGUAGCCGUCCCUUUAUAGCUCAUCUGUGAUUCCUGGAGCGAUGAACACACUUCAGGAUUCAUUCACAUGGAUUUGUGCCAAAGAUUCACAUCUGAACGGUUUAAAAUAGCUUUAGUAAGUCACGAAUGUUCUGCUGGCUUUGAAGAACUUGCACUACCCAAUCCUUCUGGAUCUGUUCAGAGAAAUUCCCAGUAUUCCAAAGAUGAAAGUCCGGGAGCCGUUUGCAUUGUCUUCAGGAUAUAUUUCACAUGAAUGUGUGCCAGCGAUCGAUUGAUUAUUCAAAUGUGCUUUACACAAACAGAUGAGCGAUUCAUGUUUGUUUGUGGAAAUGACAGAGACGGAGUUUUGUACUGCUGUCUCUCUACCUCAGUCAAUCUUUUGACCUUCAGAGAUGAUUUAUGCUUUAUGGUUUUACUCUCUCAGUUUAAUUUAUUUAUAUGCAAUUUCUUAUAGAAUGAGGUCCAAAGGUCUGAGGCCACUCAAGUGAAAAGCUUUAAAUGAAAAAUCCUGAUGAGAAGUUUGACCUUUCUUAGAUUAUAACAGUUUAAAAUACUUAAAAAACUAUUAUUAGGUUUAAUUUAACUCUUUCCCUGCCAACAACGAGUUUUUACCGCAAUCCAAAUUUCAGCUAUUAUUUCAGCUUUUUGCUCAAGAUUUGGUAUUUUUUAAGACACCUAACAAUAUUUAAAUAUCUGGAAGGCAUUUUGUGAAAUUUUUGUGAAAAUCGUAAAAAAAUACUGGCAGGCAACUUAAAAAAAUAAAACGCUGACAGGGAAAGGGUUAACCAAAUAUUAUUUUCAAUGUGGUCUCAGAUGUUUGGACCCCACAGUAUAUAUUUGUUUUCCAUUUAAAGAUAAAAAUAAAAUAAAAGUCAUCAGGUUACUAGUUAAUGUGCCUCAGGUUAUAAAACAAAUAAGUUAUUUGAAAUUGUAAAAAGCUGCUUUUAUGGGUCAUCUGAGUUUGGUGACAGAAAGAUCCUGAUGAACAUUAAUAUCUCGUGUGCAGUUAUUUAAGUCAUAUUUUACAGUUUCGUGUUUUUUGUUAGACCACCUCUGUGUGUGUUUAUUUCUGUGUCGUUUAUGAAGAUGAAUGCUUUAUGAUUUUCACAAGAGGUCAAGUUGUUGAUCAGUUUUUUUUUAAGGUGCUGUGUAUUGAGUUAUUUGUGAGGUUGUGUACACCGAGAUUCAUUUGCCGUUAUGAUUCCUACGUGGAGGAUUUAAGUUCUGUUUUGUGUUCCUGGAUCAGUACACGUCAAGAUCUGUUCAGGUUCUCACAGAAAAUACAGAAAUGACCUCUGUGAAGCACAACCAGAAGUUAACGUGUCUAGAUAAUCCAUAUGGAAAGGUUUGUAGGAUUGGGAAGCAUGUAAUGAAUUUUCUGUGAGAAUUAACAUCUUGAUCAGACUGAACUUAACUUGUAUUGAAACAGGAACAAAUGCUUUAUUUCUUUGGAAAAUAAGAAAAACCUAAAAAAAAAAAAACACUGGUGAUGUCACUGCACCAGACUCUGAAAGCUUUAUGUGAGUAGAAUGAUGAAGAUGAUGAUGAUGAUGGCCUUAUGAUGGGAGGGUCAUUUGCAAUAUAAAAAAUGUCUGAUCCAAAGAAUGAACUGAAAAUUUAUACAAAGAUACCAAAUGAUGCCAAAAUACAGUUACCUCCAAAGAUAUAUAUUUAUAUUUCUGUAUAUUUGAAAGUGCCAAAAGAAAUCCAGCAUUAUUUCAAGAUAGCUUUAGCGCUCAGAUUUUGGGUGAGCGCAGUGUUUUUCAUUCAUGUUAGAUUGUAGUGAAGCAGAUAGAUGCUAAAAUCCAAAGAGUUGUGAACCUCUUUCAAUGGCUUGGACACAAAUGAUCACAAUAUUGUUCUCAUGUUUAACCACCAAAGUGUGUAUGUGUGUGUGGAGUAUGAAUGAUUUUGUGAGUUGAUGUGGUAUGAAUGGUUUGGGUAAAUCAAAGUUUUGGGACAACCCUUUUGAUUGAGGUGACACAAAAUAAUCAUUUCAGAAAACAAAUUCAAUUUAUACCAAAGAUUAAUGCGGUCACUUCUGUAUAUUGCGUAGACUUGACAUUUUGUAAUUCAUUUGCUUUAUUAAAGUUGCAUCUUGUUUUGACUACGACUGCUAAUCCACACAUCGGUAAACCUCCAAACCAUUUACUAAAUAUCCUAUAGAGGAUUUUGCCCAAAAAAGCUUCAAUGGGGAUGACAAAAUCUUAAUUUUCACUGUAUGUCAAUGUAGUGUUUUUUUUAUUAUUCUAAUAUGUGUUUUUAAACUUGUCAUGUUGUAUGUUUUGUGUAAAUCCAAACACUUUUUUUUGUGAACAUUUUUUACAAGGACUGGGUCGUCAUACUUGCUCUGUCUGGAUAUUGAUCUGUUUGUUUCUUUGGUUUAUUAGGAUUUGUAUUAUUUGAGUCCCUCGUGUGUUUACACAUAACAUGCUGUAUCAGUUUGGUUCUGUUGGAUGCCAAAAAGUGGUCAGAACAAUGCACAAUAUAAU